AAUGGUUAAAAAGGCGUUACCACCCUGCCGAGUGGUAAUUUCAAGCUCUAACGUCACUUUAGGAAUUUUCUUGCUCUGAAUCCGGGUGCAAAUCUCUGUCUGUUUACGCUUCAUCAUCUGUCAGACAUGGCUGCUCAGUGCGUGACCAAGGUAGAGCUGACUGUCUCCUGUGACCACCUGCUUGACAAAGACAUUGGCUCCAAGUCUGACCCUCUGUGUGUUCUGUCAAUGAGCAGCUCUGACUCCCAGUGGUAUGAGCUCGGGCGCACAGAGCAAGUUCAGAAUUGCCUCAGUCCAAAGUUUGCCAAGAAGUUUGUCAUCGACUACUACUUUGAAAUAGUGCAGAAACUAAAGUUUGGGAUUUACGACAUCGACAACAAAACCAUUGACCUGAGUGAUGAUGACUUCCUGGGACAACUGGAGUGCACCUUGGGCCAGGUUGUGUCUAGUAAAAAACUGACCCGACCUCUCAUCCUGAAGAACAAACAUCCUGCAGGAAAAGGGACCAUCACAAUCAGUGCAGAAGAAAUAAAAGACAACAGAGUGGCAAAUUUUGAAGUUGAAGCGAGGAAACUAGAUAACAAGGAUUUCUUUGGGAAGUCUGAUCCAUACCUGGAGUUUCACAAACAGACAUCAACUGGCUGGCAGCUGGCUCACAGAACAGAGGUGGUGAACAACAACUUGAAUCCAACAUGGAAACCUUUUCGGAUCCCCUUGCAGUCUCUCUGUGGAGGAGACAUGGACAACCCUAUCAAAGUUGAGUGUUAUGACUACGACAACGAUGGAUCACAUGACCUUAUUGGAAUCUUUGAGACCACAAUGAAACGCCUCCAAGAAGCAUCUCGAACGUCUCCGGCAGAGUUUGAAUGUGUCAACAGUAAAAAGAAGCAGAAGAAGAAAGGCUACAAGAACUCUGGUGUUGUCAGUGUGAAGUUCUGCCAGGUGGUGAAGGAGUACACCUUCCUGGAUUAUAUCAUGGGAGGCUGUCAAAUCAACUUCACUGUGGCAGUGGAUUUCACGGGCUCAAACGGAGAUCCCAAGUCUCCUCAGUCCCUGCAUUACAUCAGUCCCCAGGGCGUAAACGAGUACCUGUCUGCUAUAUGGUCUGUGGGCAACGUCAUCCAGGACUAUGACAGUGACAAGAUGUUUCCUGCUUUUGGAUUUGGUGCUCAGAUCCCUCCAUCAUGGCAGGUUUCUCAUGAGUUUCCUCUCAACUUCAACCCAGCAAAUCCAUUCUGCACAGGUGUUGAAGGCAUAGUGGAGGCCUACAGGGUCUGUCUGCCUCAGGUCAAACUCUACGGUCCCACAAACUUCUCCCCCAUCAUCAACCACGUCGCUCGUUUUGCUAACCAAGCGGUACAGCAGACCACAGCAUCACAAUACUUUGUCCUGCUGAUCAUCACUGACGGAGUGAUCACAGACAUGGAUCAGACUCGCAGUGCCAUCGUCAACGCCUCCCGUCUGCCCAUGUCCAUCAUCAUAGUCGGGGUCGGGGGAGCUGACUUCAGUGCCAUGGAGUUCCUGGAUGGAGAUGAUGGUAGUCUGCGCUCUCUGACGGGAGAGCCCGCCAUGAGGGACAUCGUCCAGUUUGUUCCUUUCAGGCAGUUUAAAAAUGCGCCCAGCCAGGCUCUUGCCCAAAGUGUUUUGGCUGAGUUACCCCAACAACUGGCCUCCUUCUUCACUUUAUUCAAACUGAAGCCUCCUCGCGAUCCCAGCCCUUCAUAGGGACUCCUCCUGAAGCUCUGGCAAAGAGUGUGUUAGCAGAAAUUCCCACUCAGCUGACUGACUUUUUCCGUACCAUGAAGCUGAAUCCACCAAAGUCCAGCAAUCCUGCUCCAAACCCUGCAGGGACCAUCUGAUCCAGACUCGGACCAGAAUCCCGCUGAUUUAAAGGACAUCCGCGGCUUCAUCUCAUCUCACCGUCCUCCUAACACUUCCUGAACUCUACCUUUUUUUUAUAUUUUAUCAGCGUACCUGCAUGCAGCUUCGUAUAUAAACACUCCAGUCUAUAGAGCAACCUGUGCUUCCUUUUAAGUGUCUGAAUAGACGUAGUUAUUAAUCCAUGUGUGUUAAUCUGGGCUGCAACUCAGCGCUACAGCAAUUUAGAAAAAACAAUCAUUCCAUUAUUUUACAGAAGAAGUCACUGGACAUGUAACUGCACUCUGAUACAAUACAAGACACAUUUUACUAGAAUGAAAGCAUUUAUUGCCUGUAGUGUAGUUGAAGAAUGAUUUUGUAGCAGAAGUUGGUCAGCUGUGGGUUUUAAUUGCAUCAUGAGUCAAAUUUGAAUUAGGUAAAGUAAAAUCAAAUUUUGUAGGAUUAGAAUUUGUUCUAUAUUUUAUGGUUAAAAAUAUAAAAAAAUGUCUUGCGUUUGGCGAGCAACUUGGGUCUUCAUCAACGUUCUGACGGUUGCAGAUAGUGUUUUUGACAAGCACAUUUUUUAGCUGUGUAAUUGAACCUUCACAAGAGGAAGUAAGCAUAAAAAACCUUAAUAAUCCACAGAUAUGGAAGCUGACGACCAUACAUUAGUGUGCAUGGCUUCCUGCAAAAAUGAGUGACUUCAGUUAUCUUCUCGAGAUCUUUACGUUUCCACCCUGCUCUGCUGGACACACCCCUGCAUGUUGCCCUCCCCCUAAAAAGAGGCAGGUUUAGUUUUCUGUAACAAGAAAGGUGACUACAGUUUAAACCGUUCAUGAAAUAUUAAAGCUAAUACCAGCAAUUUUGAAUUUUAAGGCAGUCUGUCAGCAGUUAUAACGAUAGUUUCCGUUGGAUGGUAUAAUGGAGCUGAGGUUAUUAUAGCACAUGUGAGGGGUUGGCUUGGGCUGUGGAGGUGGGGCCAAAGAGUUAUCAUCUCAUGGGGCCCAGAGCUCCUGGGGACCCCCAGUGCAUGGACAAUGGCAGCAUUUCAUGCAGGGGCGAUUCUAGGAUCGGAUGUUUGGGGGUGCUGAGCCGUGCAAGAUAAAUUUCACUGUUUUGUACAUUGUAAUGCAAUUUCAUUCCCACAUUUGUGAAAGAAAAGUAUAAAACUUUUUAGGACAGUCUGUGACUAAACCAUCAAAUCUGAUAAAGGUUAUUUAAAUGCUGAGCCACAGCAAAAGAGAAAUGGAUUGGAAUCACAAAAGAAACAUAUGGUAACCCUAAUUUCUGGGGAAAGACAACUCAUUUUGAUACAGCAGCUCCUCAACAUAUACAUAAACAGUAUGUAUGUUUCUGGAGUAAACCAGCCCCCUAUAGUGAGUACCAAAAAUACCAAAAAUGGACAUUGGAGUUAUUUUUUGGACUUUCAUUUGAAAUGCAAUGCACAGCAUGUCAAACGCAGUGGAGCUGCUGUAUUUUUGUUGUUAACAAUUACAUUUCAACCCAGAACUGUAUGGUUUUGAAACUUUUGAAGCUUGUUAAAAAGAACAUACAGUAAAACAAAAUGUUUGAAUCUCUCAAAUUUUAGGGGUGCUGGGAUUCAAUUUAGAGGUGCUUCAGCACCCCCAAAAAUGGUUUAUAAAUGCCUAUGAUUUCAUGUCAAUAUGUUUUCUAGAUGAAUAGAAAAGGAUCCUGUUGUAACAAUAACAAACAAGCUUUGUAAUCCAGAGAAGAUGAGAUAAGUUAAGCUGUCAUAGGAAGAAAACCAGCUUUUUAUGUCCUAAUAUGACAAGAAACUUGAACCAAGGUCUCGAGAAAACAACUGCAGUAAAACUGUCUUCUGUACAAAACAGAAGCUUCUGGAGCUUCUGCAUAAAGAGCGUAUGUGUGAUUACUAGAAAAACUCUCUGAUGGUUUGGAGUUAUAAUAGUUGUAUGAACAUUUUUUUUACACCAAGCUUACAAAUAUUGGAUGAAUGAGUGGACACCUUUUAAUAAGAUGUUUACAGAAGCAACUGCAGAUCUAUUAAUAGCUUCAUUAUGUACAUUUAGCUGAGUAGCUGAGUAGUUGCUGCUGUUAAGGCACAUGCUUUUUUAAUUGAUGCUUAUUAUUGCACAUGCUCAAAUUCUCCCUCCUAUCAUAAUCAUAAUGUCAUGUGUUGAAAGACCAAGUUUCAUACAUUUUACUCAGUGUGUUGCCAAACAGUUUGAUGUGUGUGUUAUAAACCCUGAGCUGAAGGUAUGACCUGAGAUGUUGUGAUUACAGCUGGCAACGUUGUUUUGUGCCAGUCUCAUCCAUCAUUGUAUUUUGUGUGUUCACCGUGGUCAACCAUUGUGCCAGGUACUCUGGUUUUACAUGAAAGUCAUGUUGUAUGUCUCCAAACCUGAAACAACAGGACCCAGUCAGACUUUUGUCAAAACGAUGAGGCCAUUUACUCCUGUUUUCAUAUCUUCCAUAUAAAUAAAGAUCAGUAUUGUAGUAUAUUAUAGUUAUAUAUCUAUAUGGAGUAUAUACAUUUAAAACAUGCUUUUAUUUUUUUGCUGGAAAAAUCUAUUUUAAGUUGUGAUCAAAUUGUGUAAUGUGGUUGCACAGCUCUGUAAUACUUGUAUUCUUGUUGUGAACCAGUUUUAUGAUAGAACAUGACGCAUAAUGAUGUGCCUUUGUGCUCACAAAGUGUAUCAAACCUGCUAAUAAAGCUCUUAUUCAAAUAAAAAA